GACCGCCACUUCCGCUUCCUGCGCUCAGCGCACCCGGGAGGUGCCGCGUCCUGGCGGGCCGGGAUUGGCCGCAACGGGCCCCCGCACGCCGCCGAGGGCGGGGGGCCACGGCGACUCUCCAGCUGGGGCUGGUGCCGAAGGCUUCCUGGAGGCAGCAGCAGCCUUGACAGGCACCGUGCUUGGGUCCAAGCCCGGCGAGGCCACGGGGAGUUGGAGAAGGACCACGUGGAGGUGGGCUCUCAGUGCGGUGCAGAGGGCGCCGGGCAGCACAAGUCCUCCGUGCCUGGCGGGGCCCCCUCGGAACCCCCAUCUCCCCCGCCCCCCGGGCUCGAGCCCCCCACAAACUGCUGCAUGAGUGGCUGCCCCAAUUGCGUGUGGGUGGAGUACGCGGAGGCGCUGCUGCAGCGCCACCAGGACGGCGGGGCUCGGGCCCUGGCCGCCCUGGAAGAGCACGUGGCAGACGAGAACCUCAAGGCCUUCCUCAGGAUGGAGAUCCGGCUCCGAGCGAGGUGUGGACGCUGAGCCCGCUUGCCUAGCACCCGCAUCCAGACGGGCCCCAGCCCGGCAGCUCCUUCCUCUCCGGGAAGCAACACUGAGCUUUAUUCGUGGCCCUCCAGGAGGCGGGUGUCAGACAGGAGUAGGGAGGAUGACUUACUGACUUCACCUGAGAAUAAAUACGUUCUGUGUGGCGCUGAGCCAG